AUGGAAGUAGUAGUCGGAGGAUUUUCCAAUCUGACGUUGGAGUCGAAUUUGCUGGAGGAAAUAAAAGAAGGUCAAGAAUCAGAUCCUCACCUAACCGAGGUCAAAGCAGAAGUCAAAGAAGAAAAAGUGAAGAAUUUUAAUGUUUCUGACUCAGGAAUAUUAAAAUUUAAUGGAAGAGUUUGCGUACCGGCAAGAGAGGACAUUAAGAAUAAGAUUAUGAAUGAAGCUCAUAACACUCCAUACACGAUUGCAAUGGACUUUGUUAUUGGACUUCCACGAACAAGCAAAGGAUAUGAUUUGAUAUGGGUCAUCAUCGAUCGAUUAACGAAGUCUGCUCAUUUCCUUCCGUUCUGGCAAAGCUUGCACAAGGCUAUAGGGACAAGAUUGAAAUUUAGUACAACUUUCCACCCACAAAUAGAUGGUCAAACAGAAAGGACUAUACAGACUCUUGAAGAUAUGCUAAGAGCGUGUGUCCUGGAUUUUGAAGGAUCGUGGAGUAAAUAUUUACCGCUGAUUGAAUUUUCCUAUAACAACAGUUAUCAAGAAACCAUAGUGAUGGCACCCUAUGAAGCAUUAUAUGGGCGGAAAUGUCGAUCUCAUAUCCAUUGGCAUGAGUUCAGUGAAAGAAAGUACAUAGAGCAACAAACUGGACCAGAUAUUGUGACGUCGACAACGGAAGUCGUUCGAAAAAUUCAACAGAGGAUAGCAGCAGCCCAAAGUUGA